AUGAGUAGCCCUUCGAGGUCCAACUGUUGGGUUGGGAGUUUACCUGAUAUUAAGGUGUUUCCCGCCCUUAGGGUUCUUGAUUUGAACUCUGUUGACUUACUGGAAGACGACGAUUUGGUCAAACAUUUUCUAGAAAGCUGCCUAUCGCUUGAGGAUUUGAGUUUGGAUUACUGCAUCAUAAACAAACUUAAUCUAUUUUCUAUUUCAUGUCCGAAGCUGAAGAAGCUAACUAUAUAUAACGGGGACGAAGAUUUGGGCAUGUGUGGUGGCAUUAAGGUUUCCUGCCCACUACUAGUGCAUAUGGAUAUAACAGGUUAUAUAGCUAUUGAUUUUUUCUUUGAAAGUCUAGACUCCUUGAAGGAAGCUGUGAUUGACCCUAAAUUCGAGGAAAACACAAACACCAAAUCUGUGUUGUUUCCUGGAAUUUCACAUGUGGAAUCAUUGCAAAUUGAUUUUUACUUCUUCAGUCAGUGUAUAAAUGCUGCAUGUGAUUGUGAUCCUUCUCUACCUAAUCUGAAGACUUUGGUGCUAACCACAACAAUUGAUGCGUUCACUUUUGAUAAAUUCCUUCGAAUUCUCAAUUAUUAUCCGAAAGUGGAGUCUCUCGAGUUGGUCAUCAAACAGCAAUUUUAUGGACGGGAAGAGUGGGAACUGCAUGAAGAUGACAAAAGGAGAAUCAUGACUCCUGAUUUGGAAAGUGUCGAGUUUUUUGAAUUCAAGGGGGAAAAACCGAAACUAGUUUUAGUCUGGCUUGAAAUUACAUGUUUGGAAAUGUUUUUUAGUUGGGAUUAG